AUGGUGAUAGGGUAUAUCUAUCAUUAAUAAGAAUCUCAAAGAUUCUAGGAAGUUAAAUUGUGUAUACUUAAUAUCUAGUAGAGUAAGUAUAUUUAAUCAAAUUUGAUAUAGGUGUACAUAGCAUAAAGUAAUUAGAAUCAAUAAUUCUAUUUAAUCAAAAAGAAUUCAAAAAACUAUUAGCAAUUUUUGGGGAAAAAAAUAGUCUAAAUAAUUCACAAUUAAAACAUUUAAAUUGUUUAUAACAUAAUUUAGAUAUUAUUAUUUAAUUUAUUGUAAGUCAAACAAUAAUAAAAUUGAAAAGGAAUAAAUAUAGCACAAAUGAAAUUUAACUGAUAAAGAAACUUCACUAUCCAAAAUAAUGUAUUAUUAUUCAGUAUUUGAAAUAAAUUUUGCUAAUAAAUUCUAUGUUAAAAGAACAUAUAUAACUAUUAUAUUAGAAUUAAUUCAAGGAGGAGAAAUACUAAAGUAUGGAUAAUAAAAAAACAUAGGAGAUGCAAGAAAUGUUGAUAAGUAAUCAUGUUAUGUUUAAAUUAUAUUCAUAAAGAGAUUAUCCAUAUAAUUUGAAAUCAUUAACAUUUGUACAAAUCUUGAUCUCUUGAUUAGUUAAUCGCUAAUUUUGGUUUAGAUACAUAGUUCAAAGUUUAAAACAAUAGUAUUAUAAUUUUGGAACCACUAGUAAUGUUGGUCUAGAUGUUUAAAUAUAUAAAGAAGGUUUGAAAAUGUACAAUAGUCUCAUAUUCAUUUUUUAUCAAUUUUAUUUAUUCAAAAAUUAAAAGUAUUUACAAAUACUCAUCCUUUCAAAGAUAUUAUUUAAGCUGGAGAAAAAGAACAUAGUUGCUGAACAUAAAUUGGAUCAUCAAAUGAAAGAUCCUUAAAUUUUUAAGGAUCUUACUUUGACUAUUCUAAGAUUGAAUACAAAGUAAAAAACCUCUUCAUCAUACAUCUUAAGCUAUGAUUUCUUUAAUGAAAUAUUAAAUUAAUUAUAAUAUGAGAAUUUUUUUUGA